CUAUUCAAUUCAAUGUCAUUAUUGUCAUUAAGGAGAAAGAAGUGAGGUUAUAAAUUUCGCAAUCGCUCCCGAGAUGUUAUGUAGCAAAUUUAAACAAAUUGUAUUGCCCCAAUCAGCUUUAAACAACAACGUACAGUUUCGCUACUUAAUAACGUCCCGAUAUAUAUUUAAGAGAUGUAUAUGGUACGAAAGCUUUUUGGGUAAUGCGUCUAAAAAGGAUAUUGGGAGGAUGUCUGGUUUUAGGUUUAUAUUAAGAGAUUUUCGAGUGUGGAGUGCUUGGACACGGGUUAACUUAGUGAGUACGGUGGUGAAGAGAUGCAGAAGGGAUCGCAGUGUCAGGGAAGUGAUUAAUUGCUUCAAGCAGACGUUCUUGCGUCCAAAACGAACGCUCCUUUUGUCCGCUACUGCGGCAUACAAGGCUCGAGACGGAGAUGAAGACGAAGAAGCGCCCGUUAGCUGUGACAAAAAUAUUACCGAUGAAGAACUACAGGCUUUACUAUCAGAACUGGAAGGAGUUGAAACAUUAUCGAGGAACACGUUAUUUUGUACCGGUUGUGGCAAGAGACUGGUGAUCGAGAAGAAGCAGCCAGGAAUACCAUAUUGCUCGUGUAAAGUAGCAGAACUGCCAUCGGAGCCGUCAGACGGAUGGGUGCCCUACAUGGAGGCUGAGGAUGUCAUCAUAUGGCGGAAGGAGUACAAACCUGGGCUGGGCUUGUAUGCUUACAAAGUAUACGGGAGGUAUCCAGACGUGAGGGCAUCAGACUUCGCGGCCGUCCAAGUAGACGGGGCUUAUAGAACUGUAUGGGACGCCGCCGUGGCCGCUCUAGCGGUCGUAGAAAGACGCGCCAAUGGUCUGCCCGACCAGGCGGUGCUGCAUUGGGAAGUUCUGUGGCCGAGGCUAUUUGCAAACAGAGACUACGUAUACAUAAGACGACACAAAGAAUUUGAUGUAGCCACCAAAAAUUUACCUCACAAAGAUGGUCUCUUUCGCGCUACGGUCUGCGAAGCCCGAACCGACCCGAUCUAUGCCGAACGGCCGAGCGUCCAUUCUAAAGCUAAGAGAAAAGCUAUGGAGGCCUACGAAAGGGACCGAGAAGGUUCUACAUCAGAUAAUAAGGUCUAUGUCAUCAUGUCGAGGUCCUGUGAACAUCCGAAGGUCCCGGAGACGAAACAUGCUAUUAGGGUCUCGGAGUACUGGAGUCAUAUGGUCGUGAAGACUCUUAAUGGACAUGAUAAGCUGGGCAUGGAAUUCGUCCUCACGUACUACGACGAGCCGGCGGUCGGCGGUAUGCCUAGCACUGUGGCCGCGUGGGCGACGGGCCGCGCCGCCCCCGCGUAUCUACAGCGAAUGCGAAGAGCCGCCUGCGACUACCGCGCGUGGCGGUUAGCGAGGCAUCAACAGCAGGACCUACCAGAAUUCGUGCCAUUCGCAAGCGAUGCGGAGAAGCCUUGCGAAGAAAGUACGGUAGUCGUUAGCGAACAAGAUAUGGAGUCAUCCCAAACUGGUCCUGACAUGGAACGCGAGAACACUCGCGACCAGGCUACCCAGACCGAGGUCUUCGCGACCUUGCCGCAUCCGCCAGAGGUCAAGGUCACCCAGCUGUCUGCCAAGGUCACUGAGGAGAAAGCCGUCGAGGCUGAAAUUAAAAACAAGAAUGAGACACACUCGGUAACUACGGACACAGACAGCAUCAAAGGCGAUGAAGAGGAACCCAAAAAUGGUGGGUGGUGGCGAUAUUUGUAUCCGUUCUAUUAUUUCGUCUGAAUAUCUAGCUAGGUAACGCAAGACGUUUUUAAAGCGAGCAAAUAAGUUUGCCGCUGUGAAGUUGGCUACAAGUGACUUCAUAGUCCAAAUGUAACCUAAAGCCGGCCUCACUUGUGAACUGAGCUCACGUAAGUAGCUUACAGUAACUUACGAUUGAUUUAAAAAUUUAAACUCCUUCGUAAGUCGUACCAUAAUUAAUAGUCGUACAGUAAUUUCUUAGAACUUCUUACAACUUACGGAAGGAACUUACGUUAUUUUUACGGAAGCAACGGAAGCAACAGCAAGUGUAAAGUCAGAUAAAUUUGCAUUUCUGAAGUUUAGCAUUCAAAUCACUUUUUUGUUCUAGAAAUGAAGGAUUUUCGUGUAUAAUACAAUUACUAUGAAAAUCUAUAUACUUAUAAUAUAGUGUCAAUCUGAUGUUUGGCCAAUGAAAUUACUUAGCUGACAUUAAAUACUUUACACGUAUAUUAUAUUAGAUUAUACGUUAAAUGCAAUUACAUUUACAUUUAAAUAUGAAUUUAAAUUAUCUUAAAAAUAUAAAUGUAUUUUGGAAAAACAAAACAAAGAAUUAUUUUAGAACAUUUUGAUUUUCCUACAAAUAUUUUAACUAAAUUAAAUUAAAACUGCUUGCGUUACCUACAUUUCUUUUCUAUCUGUGGUCGUAUCUGUCAAUCUGUUCUGUUACACUUUUCGUCAAAUAUCUUUGCCGCUCCGAAGUUGGCUACUAGUGACUUCACGUCAGUCAAAAUGUAAGGACAAAACACUACUGUGCAUGCGUAUACAUGGCUAACUUCAGAGGGGUAAAGUUAUUUUACUAGAAUUUUCUACGCAGAAAUAAUUUUGAGACACAAAAUUCUUUAACUUUUUAAUAAUGCUCUUCUUGUGGGCUUAAUAACUCGAUAUCUUGUAUCGAUAAAAUUCAUGGAGGAAGGAAUGAUAGCGGAGAUGCCAUAAGGAAGGUAGGUCAAGUGCCUCCUUGUAGGUCACGGUAGGCGUGAUCAAAAUCAAAAUCAAAAAUCAUUUAUUCAAACUUGGCUGCAAGACAGCACUUUUUGAACGUCAGGAAUUUACAUAAGACAGCCCCCAAAACGCCCACCCUUCACCACUUCCUAUGUGUUAUUUCUGGGAAGAUCAUUUACUAGAACCAACUACGCCUUUGGUAUCCUUGUCAAAUUAAAAUCUGUCAAAGGUUCUUCUUGAUGGAUUUGAGAUUAUACAGGAAUGAAUUUUAUUCAGUGUAAAAACUUUGUCAAAUUAUAGUUUAAUAAGUUUUAAAGAUACGUAUAUUUUUAUUUUGUUGUGUUUUAGUACAAAAAAGAAUAGUUAUUGAUAGCGAAAGAUGUUUAUUUUGUAACCGAUUGUACGGUCACAGUCGUCAUAGUAGGCACGGUGGCAACGCGAAACCGGUUUACUGACGCGAGCGCUGCUCUAAGCAAAGAAAGAAUAGUUAAAAUCCAUAUUUUGCUGAUAUUAGGGCGGAUAAAAAAAUAUUUUGUUUUACUGAUGAUGCAGAUAUGUUCUGUUAAUGAUUCUGGACCACCAGUAUUUUUUUUGCACUGCUUUAAAUUCAUUCCUGUAUGAAUUUUGAAAAUAAUGGGCGGGUCUCAUAAAAGGCGCAUAAGGUCGGAGCUAGUAACGUUCUGUUAUAUUCAUAAUUAGUUCGCGGUUAUUGCAAAUGCAUGCAUUUUUGAUUACUAUAAAAAUACUUGCAACCGCGUGGCGGCUUCAGUCUACCGGUGCCGUCACUUUGUCAAUAUCUUAUUCUGACGAGUUUAAGACAAUCCUUUGCUCUAAUCCUUGUAAAGUUCAAGUUCUUUCAUUAAAGUAGUGUUAGCAGUAUCAGUGGGUUUUUUUUAAAAAGACUGACACCAGCCGCGUCCUAACGUCGUCCCUCGUCCCCCGAACACCAGCAUUUUGGCGCGCUACUUUCUUAAGAGAUAUUGCGUUAUGACAUCUCCGCUAGUCAUUUUGUUCUCCAUGAUAUAAUUCGAUUGCUGCUUGGUUUAACUCUUAACCCAACUGCAGUAAUGCUUUUGUAUCGAUUAACGAUUGGCAAUUUUUAAUCGAUAAAUAUGUCGUCUCGAUUCUAUGACUAUAGAACCUUUGGGAUAAAAAAUUCAUAAGAUAAUAAUAUAUUUAAGAAAAUUAUUACUAUUAGGUUAGGUGUUCAAAAAAUAUAUUUAGAAAUAAAAUAAAUGUAUAUUGGGAUAAUUUUAUGACGUACCUACCUACUAUUUAAUAUUUUAAGAAGAAAAAAUCAUUCGGUCCAUUUAAAGUUAAAAGUGAGUUUCCACCACUGCAAAAUUAUUUCUUUUUUUAUUAGACGAUGUGGUCGAAGCUAAAUUAUACAUUUAGCGAUAAGAUGAGCAUGAAAAAUAUAUAAUAUUUUGUCUUUUCCGAGUCCAAGUCAAUAUAAAUAUUUUGUGAACAAUGGUGGAAAUGUUCCUUUUUGCAGUUAAUAGAAAAUAAUCCGUAAAGAUUUUUAAAUUACUUUUUCUUUUAUAUUCUCGUAAACAAAAUACUAACGUUCAUUUGAGAAAGAGAAUUUUCAAUACGUCACGUCUGUAAGUUUUUUUUUCAUAAUUUUAAAAUGAAAUCACGAUCGUAGUGUGCAAUUGAAAGUAUGGAUAGAUAAGUUAGGCCGCCUUUACACUGGUAAGUUUUGCUCACGUAAGUAACUUACGAUCCCUCAUCAUCAUCAUCAACAUCAAAGUCGUUCCCCCAUAGAUUGGGGACCGUGACCAUCAUUAGUCUCUGUCACCAAUGAGGUUGGGCCGGGAUAAUUUCUUCCAGGUCCUCCUAUCAGCACUAAUAUUAUAAAUGCGAAAGUAACUCUGUCUGUUACGCUUUCACGUCUAAAACACUGAACUGUUUUUAAUAAAAUUUGGUACAGAGAUAGAGUUGACCUUGAGAAACUACAUAGGAUAGUUUUUAUCUCGGACUUUUGAAUAAUUCUCUUGGAAACGCGAUAUAACCCUACGAUAUAUAUAGAUAGAACUCUACGCCCCGAUGAAGCCGCGGGCGGAAUUUAGUAAAUUUAUGAAUGUUAACUCCCGUCGUAAGUUACAACUUGUGGAAGAUCAUCAUCAUUUGCCUAGCCUUUCCCCAACUAUGUUGGGGUCGCCUUCCAGUCUAACCGGAUGCACCUGAGUACCAGUUACCCAGACAACCCAAUACGAAGGGUAUUACUGGUUGUCAGAUUGUCUGACUUUUGAUUGUCCGCAACAUCUGCCAAAUGAGAACUUAACGGAAGUUACUUACGUAAUUUUUACGGAAGCAACUUACUUGUGUAAAGUCGGGGUGAAAUGUAGUUAUAGGCUUGAAAAUAUAGAAAAGUGGACGUAGUAUGGGGUGUAGUAAAAAAAAUCGGCAUAAUAUAAAAAACUUCUUAUAUUUAAAAAAACAAA